ACCAUUUGCCCUACAAAUUCGACAAUGUAGAGAGCGGUGGCAUGAGCAUCUCCAAAAUGGUAGGGAGGGCAGAACUGGAAAAAGAAGCAUGUAAAGUUGGGAAAAGCAAAAGGGCCAGCAAGGGAGGCUAUUGCCAGCCACAGUACCUGUCGGAAAAGCGCCACGCCGCCGACAUGAAGACCGGCGACCAUUUUAUAGUGGAGGAGCUGCUCGACUUCUCCAACGACGACCCCGUCGUUCCCGAAGGCACCUUUGACACCGUCACCGGCACCUCCACCGACUCUUCAACCGUCACCGUCGUCGAAAGCUGCAACUCCUCCUUCUCCGGCUGCGAACCCCGCUUCGUCGGCGACAUAGGCAGCCGGAAUUUCGGUGACACUCAGUUUUCCGGCGACCUCUGCGUACCGUAUGAUGAUUUAGUGGAGCUGGAAUGGCUUUCGAAUUUCGUGGAGGAAUCAUUCUCCAGCGAGGAUUUGCAGAAGCUGCAGCUGAUUUCGGGCAUGAAAGCCCGAGCAAUCGACGAAGUAUCCGAAACCCAAGAAUUCCAACCCGAAACGAACCGAAACACCACGAUAUUCCGCCCCGAAGUCGCGGUUCCGGGCAAAGCUAGGAGCAAGCGGUCACGUGCCGCCCCGUGCAAUUGGACCUCUCGCCUUCUCCUGCUCUCUCCUACUACUGCCACGUCGACUUCAGAAUACGACGUCGCAAUGAAUUCCGUCGGCAAGAAAGCAAUAAAAGCGAUGCAGAAGGACGUUGGUGAGAGGGGGAGCGCCGACGGCCGCAAGUGCCUGCAUUGCGCCACAGAUAAGACGCCGCAGUGGCGGACGGGGCCCAUGGGCCCGAAGACUCUGUGUAAUGCAUGCGGGGUCCGAUACAAAUCGGGUCGGCUCGUGCCCGAAUACCGGCCCGCAGCGAGCCCAACUUUUGUUCUCACGAAGCACUCCAAUUCCCACCGCAAGGUGCUUGAGCUCCGUCGGCAGAAGGAGCUUGUGAGGGCCCAGCAGCAACAGCAGCAGCACUUUCUUCAUCAGAACAUGAUCUUCGAUGUAUCCAACGGCGACGAUUAUUUGAUCCAUCAACACGUGGGACCCGAUUACCGGCAACUGAUCUAGCGGGUCCCGGACUAGGAUAUUCGGGUGGAGCCCUGACUUGAGAUCACUAUUUAUUUUUCUAUUUUCUUAGCGGUUAAUUUUCUUUGCAGUUUUGUAGACUCUUAAUGUUCAUCUUCCAUCUUUUGUUGCCAAAUUUGGCAAAUUCUUAAAUCAAUUUUCCAUAAUUCAGUUGUUUUCUUUCAAAGUUAUUAUAGACUUAUUGGAUCAAAAAUUUAUGAGCAAAAUUUAUGGACAUGUUAAAUGUA